AUGGCCUCUGAUACGACAUUGGGGGGCUACUUAUCGACAAUCCUGCCUCGUGUGGUAAAUGGAGAGACAGAGGAUGUAAAAGGAGAAGGGGGAGCAAAGAGCCGCCUCGCUCGCUCUCCCCGCCUCGUCAGGUUCCCACAGAGUGACAACCUAUGCCUGAGCGGUAACGGUUUCUUUCUCUUCUUCGUCUCAUGCUUCCUUUCCUUCAUCAAGGGCGACACAGGGCUGCGCUUUAGCGAGGGUGGCAGAUGGCUUAGCUCCAACACCCGCCACGUGCGCAUCUACGUGGGGUACAUCGACCCAGUGACCAUGGAGAUGGACCAGACGCAGGCGGACAAGCUGUCGCUGAUGCUGGAUACGGACAAUGAGUUCCUGUGGACGCCCGAGACGGAGAAGAAGGUGUAUGACAAGUUCACAGAGCUCGUGGAAGGCUAUGCGGUGAGUGGGUGCUAUGCGGUGAGUGGGUGCUAUGCGGUGAGUGGGUGCUGUGCAGUGAGUGGGUGCUAUGCGGUGAGUCGGUGCUAUGCGGUGAGUGGGUGCUAUGCGGUGAGCGGGUGCUAUGCGGUGAGCGGGCGCUAUGCGGCAGACAAGCUGUCGCUGAUGCUGGAUACGGACAAUGAGUUCCUGUGGACGCCCGAGACGGAGAAGAAGGUGUAUGACAAGUUCACAGAGCUCGUGGAAGGCUAUGCGGUGAGUGGGUGCUAUGCGGUGAGUGGGUGCUGUGCAGUGAGUGGAUGCUAUGCGGUGAGUCGGUGCUAUGCGGUGAGUGGGUGCUAUGCGGUGAGCGGGCGCUAUGCGGCAGACAAGCUGUCGCUGAUGCUGGAUAUGGACAAUGAGUUCCUGUGGACGCCCGAGACGGAGAAGGUGUAUGACAAGUUCACAGAGCUCGUGGAAGGCUAUGCGGGUGCUGAGAUGUCAGAGUACACGCUUCGUCUCAUUGGCUCUGAUUUGGAGCACUUCAUCCGCAGUCUGCUGUUGGCUGGAGAGAUCUCGUACAACUUGGACUGCCGGGUGCUCAAUUUCAGCAUGGGCAAGCCACGCAUGCCAGAUCCUGCUGCUAAGUGA